AGAGAGAGACAAGUUCACGUCAUGUCGACUGGAGUUUAGGUCUGAUUCACAUUCAGGGCUAGAUUGAAGUGUGGAGAAGAGGCAGUGGGAGACAAGGGGAUGGAGUUGACAACAAUGCAUCUCAACACUACAACUUCUCACAUUUCACCCUCAUAUACCAGAGCUGGACUUUCUUCUUACAUCCUCAUCCCCUUUGUACUUUGCAUACUGACUGGAUGUGCGGUAGCAAUGGCCAUUUAUAUCAGGAGGAAAAUAAGACUUGAUCAGCUGCGCCACAGGCUGAUUCCUCUGUACAGCUACGAUGCCGGAGAACAGGAAGACUGGGAUUAUACUGGCAGGGACGAAGAAGAAGAGCUGGCUGAGCCUUUGUACAAGGAUGGAAAGCUUUCCCUUACCUCUGGCUAUGGAACAUGAGCAGAAAACCAUCAGGAUGCAGUCAUCUCUGAUUUUUAUCACACUGGCCAAUGAGGGGAAAGAUCUUUGCCAGCGUUUUGUGGACAGCAAAUGUAGUGGUGCUAUACUGGCCUUUUUGUGACGAAUACCAACGGCAAAACUUCAGUGCACUUAAUGUUUGAUCAGAAUGCUCCAAAUGAUUGAGCAUGCUAUUUUUUCCUGCCUGUGUUUCCUGGUCAGUGCAGUGCAGCUGACAGGAGAUGGCACUGCAGGCCUGUCUUUUGCCUCAGUUGAGAGAGAUUGUUUUUGAGAAUGUGUUUUGAAUGAUAAAGCAAGAGCGCCUUUUUGUCAUUAAAAACAAAAAAAAAAUAAAUAAAUAAAAUAAAAAGCUAUUUGAGUAUUCUCUCUGUAUUCUAUGCAUAUAUGUGGAAGUUG